AUAGAAAAAGUGGUCCCCAUGACUACUGGCCUCUCCUACUCGCUGCCUCCUUAUUGGUUUCUCUCUAGAGCUUGCCUUACUUUUUAGUUUCUCUCUCAGAGCAGUGGCUCUUGACUGUGGUGAUUUCAGUUCUCGGAAGGAAAAGCUCAGAGCAUCAGUUUGCUUCAGAAGACCGUGAACCAAAGGGGCUUUGCCUCUGGUUGUAGUUAAAAGGGUCAAAAUACCUCUGAUUCCUUUCCAGGCAAAAUGUAAGUCGGCUGAUUUUGUCAAUAUUUAAUAUGAAAAGGGAAAGAAGACUGGUCAAAGCAAGGGAGAGGAAGUGUUGUGUGGAUUUUCCAAAAGCUUGCAGCUUCCUCAUCUUGCCUCUUCCUUGUAACAGCAGGAUACUCAUCGACAGAGGCAAAGACUCAUUGAUUCUGGCUUACAUUUCAGUGUCACUUCAUUAAUGGACCACGGGGUGUUUCAUGAAGGAUAAAACAAAAACAUUCAAGAGCCUGGCAUGGAUCCGUCUGUUGCAAACAGCAGUAAGUUGCAGCUUUCACACUUUGAAUCCUGCUUGCCGUCUAUUCCUGCGAUCUUCUUGCUCAUCACAGCUUACGCUGUAGUCAUGCUGGUGGGGCUCCUUGGCAACCUUUGCCUAAUUAUUAUCAUCAGGAAACAGAAAGAAAGCCAGAAUGUCACCAACAUUUUGAUCGCCAACCUCUCCCUAUCUGACAUCUUUGUUUGUGUCAUGUGCAUCCCUUUCACUGUUGCGUACACUUUGAUGGAUUACUGGGUGUUUGGAGAAGCCAUGUGUAAAAUAUCUAAUUUUGUACAAAGUAUGUCUGUCACUGCCUCUACAUUCUCACUUGUGUUAAUUGCUGUCGAGAGGUAUCAGUUAAUAGUAAACCCACGAGGUUGGAAGCCUAGUAUUUCACACGCAUUUUGGGGAAUUAUCUUCAUUUGGGCCUUUUCUAUAAUACUGUCGACUCCUUUUUUUUUAUUCCACCAAGUCACCGAUGACCCCUUUAGAAAUCUUUCUUCCCACAGUGAUAUUUAUAUGAACAAAGUUGUCUGCAUUGAGGCAUGGCCAUCCCUUGAGGAGAGGCGUAGCUUUACCACAACAAUGUUAGUUUUCCAGUACUUCUUACCACUAGGGUUUAUUUUCGUCUGUUACAUGAAAAUAUUUGUGUGCCUUCAGAAGAGGCAGGGUAAAGUGGAUAAGUUAAGGGAGAAAGAGGUUAGACUAAAUGAGAGUAAAAGGAUUAAUAUUAUGUUGAUUUCAAUUAUUGCAACCUUUGGGGCAUGUUGGUUACCGCUGUACAUAUUUAACGUUGUGUUUGACUGGAACCAUGAGGCCCUGAUCAACUGCCACCAUAAUGUGGUCUUUACUUUGUGUCACUUGGUAGCCAUGAUUUCGACGUGUGUCAAUCCAAUCUUCUAUGGAUUCCUCAACAAGAAUUUUCAGAAAGAUUUGGCUAGUCUGCUUCACAAUUUCAAAUGCUGUGAAUCUCAAGGGUUGUUUGAGAACAGUGCCCUUUCAACUCUGAACACUGAUGUGUCAAAGGGAUCCUUUAAGCUGAACAACAUGCCUUCGAAUAUCUGAAACAGGCAACCUUUGAAUCAAUUACAUGUCUUUGUCAUGAACUACUGUAUUGCCAAGUUACAUGGAAGUGUGGCCUUCUGGCUCUUGUCAGCAAAGUCCUGUCCUCAAAGUGAAAUCAAGAGCCUACCUGAAUAUUAACGUAUCAUUCAAAUGAAUAAAACAAAUUGGGUUAAUAAUA